AAUCUCACACGGUGGGAGAAGUCGUAUUCCUGCCCUGAGUGCGGGAAAUGUUUCCAAUAUAAAUCCCGUCUUAAUUCGCAUCAAAGAUCUCACACGGGGGAGAAGCCGUAUUUCUGUCCUGAGUGCGGGAAAUGUUUUUUCACAGAAGUCCCAUCUUCACUCACAUCAAAGAUCUCACACGGGGAGAAGCCGUAUUCCUGUCUUGAGUGCGGAAAUGUUUUUCAAAGAAGUUCCUAUCAUCACUCACAUCAAAGAUCUCACACGGGGGAGAAGCCGUAUUCCUGUCCUGAGUGCGGGAAAUGUUUUUCAAAGAAGUCCUAUCUUCACUCGCAUCAAAGAUCUCACACGGGGGAGAAGCCGUAUUUCUGUCCUGAGUGCGGGAAAUGUUUUUCACAGAAGUCCCAAUUCUUCACUCACAUCAAAGAUCUCACACGGGGGAGAAGCCGUAUUCCUGUCUUGAGUGCGGAAAAUUUUUCCAAUAUAAAUCCAAUCUUAUUGAGCAUCAAAUAUCUCACACGGGGGAGAAGCCGUAUUCCUGUCUUGAGUGCGGAAAAUGUUUCCAAUAUAAAUCCAAACUUAUUGAGCAUCAAAGAUCUCACACGGGGGAGAAGCCGUAUUCCUGUCCUGAGUGCGAGAAAUGUUUUUCAACGAAGUCCAAUCUUCACAAACAUCAGAGAUCUCACACGGGGGAGAAGCCAUGUUCCUGUCCUGAGUGCGGGAAAUGUUUUUCCAGCGAAGUCCUCUCUUUUACAAACAUCAAAGAUCUCACACGGGAAGAAGCCGUAUUCCCUGUCCUGA